GCCGCCGCAGACAUUAUUUCGCCAUCAGCAACAAAAGCCAGCGGCAGCUGUCAGGCGCCUACAACGCAACAACAAAAUCAAUGGCAGUCAAUAUGUUCACCGAUUGCAGCAGCAUCCAAGGCUCUACGGCCAGUUCAUCCAGUGAUGUUAUGACAUUGGCCACUACCGCUUCCUGGUGCGCCAUCAGCAUACCUUCAACAGCCGCUGCCGUUGCCGCGAGCACACGUCUGCGCAUUUUGCGCCUCAUCCGGCCACAUGCGCGUCGCAUUUUGGUCACGCCCGACACCAGUCCAUCGUUUGGGUUCGCCGUACGUGGUGGUAAAGAGUUUGGUACCGGAUUUUUCAUAUCGAGCGUGGAACGGAACAGCGAAGCCGAACUGAAAGGAAUGCGAAUUGGUGACCAAAUUCUGCGAAUUAAUGGAUUUCGCGUUGAUGACGCCAUUCACAGGGAAUUAAUACAAUUCAUAACCAAUCAGGAUCGGAUUACGAUGAAAGUGAGAAGUGUGGGAAUGCUGCCGAUCAAAGAAAAAGACACAGACAAACUAUCCUGGCAUGCGGUCAAGACAUUCACCAAUGGCAGCAGUGCCUCCUCAGAGAGUUCAUACAGAACCCUGCCGGAACGCGACACCCGCAGCAAAGAUGUCAAUAUAACACUCAAUGUAGCGCCUCGUACCAAACUCGGACUAGGUAUUUGCAAGGGACCCGAAUGGAAACCUGGCAUUUUUGUGCAAUUCACCAAAGAGAAGAGUGUAGCACGCGAAGCUGGCCUACGUCAAGGCGAUCAAAUACUCAGUGUCAACAGCAUAGACUUCUCCGAUGUGCUCUUCAGCGAAGCAGUGGCAGUAAUGAAAAGCGCCAGCAAAUUAGAGAUGAUCGUGCGCACAGCUGCCGGAUGCGAUCUAUUUCCGGGUGAAUCAAGUGGCUACAACAGUUCCGCCAGUUCGGUGACUGGCGAUCAGAGUCCCUGCUGGGCGGAUGCCAAGUCAAAGCGACUAACAUCGGUGCGUGAAGAACCGACCCCCGUAACGUGUUGGAAUGAGGCUGCGUAUGCUGAGCAGCAUCGGCGAGGCGAGCCACUAGCCGGCAAUAGCAAGCAACGCAAAGAUGCACAGGAAAAGAAACCAGUCGUCGUCAGCCAACAGCAGCAAGUCAAUAAGACGAUUAUAAAAUUGUCUGAACAGGGCACAUCUAUUAAUAAUACAUUUGUUAGUAACACACAGCAGCCAAUGGCUGCGAGCCGAAGCACAAGUGAGUAUGGCACACCAAAAGUUAGGGGGGCAGUAGGUUCGCACGAGGCACAGCGCAACUCCAGUCCUUCAACAUACGCUUCGCUUGAGGAGCGCGAAACGAAAACGGUGAUUGUGGAAGUGCAUCGGCAGGAGGCAGAGGAGGCAAAAAGACAGCAACAGCUACAGCUACAAAUGCAACAAAAGCAAGCGCAACCAAGAACGGAAUUGAACAGCCACUAUCAUCGAAACCACAGCCAUAAUCACAGCCACAACGCACUGCAGCCAACGCAUUCAUUGCCCAACCACACACCGCCAACGAAGCAGACAGAAUUCCAAAAAUGCCUACGCGCCAAUAGUUACAGUCAGCAGCAGCAGCAACAGCAACAAGGACAAGCACAAGCACAGAAAUUGCAGCAACAACAACAACAAGGUUUAUCACAUGGCCCCAACACGUGCCAAGUGGAUAGCAGCUCUCUCUCCAGUGCCAUAACCGAGGAGCUGAAAAAGCGCAAAGAGAAACAGCGAAUUAAUGCUGCAACAGCCAACAAUAACAACGGCAACAACAACAACCACAACAACAACAACAGCCACAACUACAACGGCAACAAUAACACGAAUAACCAGAGCAAUUAUAUGAACAUCAGCAGCAAGCAAAACAAUUACGGCCAGAGCAGACAACAGCAACACCAGCACCAGCAGCAACAUCACCACAACCACACGCUCCAUCAGCCAGUAGCGCUGAAAACACAACAACAACAGCAGCCGCAUAGCCACUCCACGCCGCUGUCUCCAUCUUCGUCAUCGCUUUCAUUGUCUGCGCCACCAACAACACCGACGACGCUGGCUGCUCCUGCAACUGCGAUCGCGACUGCCACUGCGACAGCCGCACUCAGUGCUCGCGCUACUAGCAACAAUGUUAAUUGUAGCGAGCGCAACAAUCACAGUCAUAACAACAACAACAACAAUAACAGUAGCAACAGCAGUCAAAGCGUUCCGGCGACGGGUACCUUAGCAAUCGCCAGUGUUGGUGUUGGCGUCGGCGCUGGAGAUCAACAUAGCGCAUUGAUGGAUGAAUUUAAACGGGCCCACCAGCGUAUGUUCAAAAACGGGUUCCAAGAGACUGAGCGCAAGGAACGUCAAGAGGCGCUACGCAACACAGCCAUCAUGGAGGAUGAUGUAAAUCAUCGCGCAAGUCGCGCUUUUCGCAAUGAUAAUGGAACAACAACAACAACAAAUGGCACACAAUUUCAAAUACCACCACCGCCACCACAAUUCGCCAGUUCGCCACCGCGAACGCAACCACAGUACACAAACAACGCUAACAACACGAAUAAAUUCGCCCAACAACCACAGGCGCAACAAAAACCAAUCAACCAUUACAAUUGUGCGCCAACACUCAAACCGCCCACAGAACAACCGCCCAAGCCGCCAGCCACCCCAGUGCCCGAUUAUGAUAAUGUGGAAAUACGUACAAAAGCAACUACAACUAUUUGUAGCAGCGUAAGGCCGUCGUAUGGCUAUGCCAGCACCAAUGUAGUCACAAAUGGACGCGACAUGAUCAAUGACAACAGCAACUACAACAACCACCACAACAACUCCAGCAAUAGACGCACACUGCGAGCGGGGACCAUAACCAUCGGUGAAUACGAACAACCGCAGCAGCGACGAGAACCGGGUAAAUUUGAUUUUGUUGGAACGCCAAAGCGUAGCAGCAACGGUACGACAGAUACGUGUGCAGAUAAUCUGCAAGCGGAAUUACAGAAUACGUUGACGCGUUCAAAAUUAAAGAAAACGGCCGAGCCGUUGGAGCAUCAAAGCCACUGUCCGCUACGCAAUAACUACGAGAACUAUGAGAAUGUGGCAAGGAAGUUGCAUAGCGUGAGCAUAAAUGAGGUAGCCACAACGGCGGCGGCGCCAGCAGCGAGAAUGAGCAACUGCGCCGCAAAUGGGGGCACGAAUGGCAUUCUGAAGAAUGGCAAUCGGCAUAGUGGUGGUGGUGCGAAUGGUGCGAAAAGCUCCGAUAAGACAAUAACUUUUGGUAACUGAAAGUUUGGGAAAAGCCUGGUGGCAGUUAAGCUUUCAACGGAAAAUAUUCAGCUUGCGGUGGAGAAGCAUAUCGAAUGCAAAAACACAAAUGCAUACCACAAUUUUGUUAAGAUAUCUAGCCAUAUUGUUAAAAUGUCUGUAUAAACAAAAAAAAAAAAAGUUAAAAACUUAAUCUAUACCCGUAUGUUUAAGUGGUAACUUAAGUGCGAGUAAAUAUGGCAACAGUGCUUUCAAAAAAGUUCAUGAAAAGUGCGCUAAACUUUAUAUUUUGACCUUUUCGUUUCAUACAUUUUACGAAAUGUGAUUUUUCUUUUAAUUUAUUUUAUUUUUUUUUUAUUGAAACAAAAAUUGCUUUUUGUCCCUUUCACACGUCAGUAACGAUUUUGUUUCUACGAAAAGCUUCUUCUUCAUAUUGUGCAAUAAAUUUUACAGAUAUUUGCGUUAGGCCAACACACAUCUGCUCAAUUAUGUUAUGUAUUAUUUUUAUAUUAUUUUAUGUCUAUAUUUCUUAUUUGUAUAAUAUAUAAAAAUAUAUUUCUAUAACAAAAAUCGUACGCAUAAGCAAUUGUUAUCACAUUUAUAACUUGGUAAUAAAAUCCUGUAUGUACAUACA